UCAUAAUUAAUAACGUACCAUCCACUGUGACUAUGAGUGUUGCAGCAGUGUGCUCGCAGCUUACUGCUUCCUCCAAAACCUAAUUUCCCAAAAUUCCAAUUUUGAUUUUAUCAUUUCUGUACAUAUUUAUUCAAUUCAAUCUUUGAUAAACUAUUUCUCAAUGUCGUCUUCUAUGUUUAACAACAACAGCAUUUCGAUCUCCGUAUCAGACGAGGAGUCGAGCGAACUCGGCCGGAUGCAGGAGCGAGUCCGUAUAAAGCGCAAGAAACAGCAGGUUCACCGAGUUAGGAACGAGUUCUCUCGGCGUGUUGUAAGAUUCCUCUUGAAAUAUUGGAUGGUUUUGGUUUUCCUUCCCGCUGCUGGGUUACUGGUGUUUGAAGCCUCGAGAAUUGGUAAAAAGCCCAGUUUGGAUGUGGAAUUGGAGCACGAUGUAAAGAAGACACCGGAUUUGAAAAUUAACCAGACUGUUGAUGAAUCAAAGAAGAAAAUGGAAGAGAAUUUGGAUCGGCUUGAUCCACCACGUUGCUUGAAGCUACUACCUCCUGAAGAACUUCAACAUCUGGAAAUUCCCAUGCAUGAUGAAUCUAGUCCUGUUAAAAAUGUGGUAUACAUUUCAGAGAAAGCACAACAUGAAGGAGGGAAUAGUACCCUCUCUCAGCUGCGCUCAGAGGGUACACGAUUUAAUUUAUUUUCUGGAGAACAAACACUUGACGAGAGAGAGAGAAGUUUUAAGGUGAGUGAAACAGCUCAAAUACAUUGUGGUUUUUACAGUGAAAAUGGAGGGUUUAAGAUUUCUGGUGAGGACAAAAUUUUCAUGCAAACCUGCAAAGUUGUGGUGUCUACUUGUGCAUUUGGUGGUGGAGAUGACCUUUAUCAACCUAUUGGAAUGUUAGACACGUCACUGCAAAAGGUGUGCUAUGUUGCGUUUUGGGAUGAAAUUACUUUAGCAGCGCAAGAAUUAAAGAGGCACAGAAUUGGUGAGGACCAUUUUAUUGGGAAAUGGCGCAUUGUGGUCGUAAGGGAUCUGCCUUUUAUAGACCAAAGGUUAAAUGGUAAAAUCCCAAAGAUGUUGGGGCAUCGUCUCUUUCCUCAUGCCAAGUUCUCUAUUUGGGUAGACUCAAAAUCCCAAUUUAGGAGGGACCCUCUUGGUGUUCUAGAAGCCCUUCUUUGGCGCUCAAAUUCUGUAUUAGCAAUUUCACAACAUGGAGCUCGCAGCAAUGUGUAUGAGGAGGCUACAGCUGUUGUGAAGAAACACAAAGCCUCCCCAGAAGAAGUUGAGGUGCAGUUGACUCAAUACCGGCAGGAUGGCUUGCCUGAAGACAAGAGAUUUAAUGGAAAGAAGGCUUUGAAUGAAGCUUCUGUCAUCGUGAGGGAGCAUACACCGUUGACUAAUUUAUUUAUGUGCCUCUGGUUUAACGAAGUUGUUCGCUUCACUUCUAGGGAUCAGUUGAGUUUCCCAUAUGUACUAUGGCGAUUGAAAUUGUUAAAGAACAUUAACAUGUUCCCUGUUUGCAUUCGAAAAGAUCUAGUUAAUAGCAUGGGCCACAUACGCAAGGCUAAGCCAUUGAUAAGUUGAUGCUAUGGUACUGCAGUCACGGUUCCACAUGGAUGAAUGCCUUCAUUGUGAGUGGCUGGCAGGCUGUAUUUAUUCAUUCAUUAACUUGCUUAAGUUAAAUGUGCUGGAGGAAUUGGUGAAAAGGAGGAAUUUUACCCGUUUCCUCCUUUUUUCUUGAUCAGCUCCUUGUAUUGUUAUGGUCUUCACGUAAAUGGCUAGAGCAGAUGUAUUUACCUUCAUAUUACAAUUGUUAGAAAUAGAACGAAUCAAUUUACCUAA